UGGUCAUCGUGCAGGCUUAUAUUUCAGCGAGGAAGAAAUACGAAGCAAAGGAGUAUUUCCGUAAGAGUAAAAAAGGAAGUUAAAAGGAACUGGGUUUAUCGUACAAAAUAACCCCCAGGUCGCUCGUGAAUGCCUAGAAAAGUCACUGGACCCAUGAGAAUAAAAGGAAACAUGUAUCUACAAGCUGUCUUUGGAUUGGUCUGUGCCACUCUCUUUUUUCAACUCUCGAUGUCAGCUAAUGCUGGUAACUGCAGUACAAGUAGUUCAGCGUGCUUAAAUGGUGGAACAUGCGUGGACUUGAACGAUGGAUUUGUAUGCAAAUGUCAGAUUGGAUUCACGGGUCUUUAUUGUGACUCAAGAAUACCAUUAACAGAAGCGACAACAACAAAAGCAGCAUCGAAAACAACAACCACAACAGCAGCAGCAACAACAACAACCACAACAGCAGCAGCAACAACAACAACAGCAGCAGCAACAACAGCAACAACAACAACAACAACAGCAAAACAACCAACAAAAAAACGACCAAAGAAAAAAGGAUGCCCUAAACUACCAGCACGUUUUCCAAAUGGGAAAAUCUCGACCUUCAAGCGAGGAUCCCGAAUAAUGGCUAUCUAUUCGUGUACAAAAGGGUUUGUGAUCAUUGGAGGUGAUCGAAUGAGGAUGUGUCAACCCUCAGGAAUAUGGAGUGGACGCCCACCAAUUUGUCGCCGCCGUAGAAGAACGGGCAGACCUAACAGCUGUACGAGGCCGUAUACCAUCAGCAAUGGUUAUUAUAGACGCAGGGGAUUAACAGUGAACUAUUACUGUAAAAGUGGAUACACUCUGAAGGGACAGUCCAAGAAAACAUGCAUAAAAGGAUACUGGAAGCCGUCAUCUACACCGUACUGCAAACGCACAAGUAGAUGCAAAGAUCCAGGUGUUCCUCAUCAUGGUCGUCGCUUUGGAAGCACGUUCCUGGCCGGUUCUCGCGCGCGGUUUUUAUGCAAUGAGGGUUAUGAGUUGGUUGGUGAGGAAUCCAUUAAGUGCCGUUCAGACGGGUCCUGGAACAACAAAACACCAAAAUGUACCAAGAAAGAUCCUCUUCGAGAUCUUAAAAAUGCUGCCAACGGUCUUCGUCGACACUUCGUUAAUAAACUCGAACUUCUAACGACUGACAGUCGCGCACGUUCCGGGCUGUCUUCAGGAGCUGCAGGACUCGACCUUGUGUUUGUUUUCGAUAGUUCAGCAAGCGUUGGAUCCAUAAACUUCAGAAAAGGAAUUGAAUUCGCGCGCACGAUUAUCGAGGAGUUUGGUAUCUCGACCUCUCCAACUGGAACUCGAGUGGCUGUUGUCGUGUUCAGCAAUGAAGCCAGGGUUAUCUUCAACCUUAAAAGUAACCGCAUUGUUGAUAAAGAUAUAGCCAUCAUAACACUUGCAAACCUUAAACUAGAAGGAGGCGGAACAGCCACUCGCCUGGGUCUUCAAAGCGUCAUCGAUAGUAUUGUUCCUGAAGUCCGCAACAACAGCAAAAAGGCGCUGUUUCUCAUCACAGACGGUAAAUCAAACAAGGGCGGUAGCCCCUCCAAGCCUGCUAAAGUACUUCGAGAUGGCUACAACUUUGAGAUAUUUGCUAUUGGAGUUUCUUCUCAAGUUUUCGAGGAAGAGCUGCGGGACAUCGCCUCCGAACCCUACCGAACUCACGUUUAUUUGAUGAAAAAUUUCAAGUCGCUGGACACGUUAAAGGAGCUGAUCACCAAGCAAGGAACAAACUAUACCGAGUGCGGCGUGGCUGGAGACACCCAGCUACGUGGUGAUCCUGAAAAACUAGCCCCUGUCGUUGUUGGCCGUGAGGCAAAGGCUGGAGCCUGGCCCUGGAUGGCAGCAAUCUACGUCAACGGCAGUUUUCGUUGUGGAGGAGCGUUGAUUGCAAAAAGAUGGGUUCUAACAGUCGCACACUGCUUCGAUUUCCAGAACAAGAUCAAACCGUCUGAUGUAGUUGUUCGUUUAGGUGAACACGACAGAACCCUAGAAGAAGGUAGCGAACAAAACGUCGGGGUCAAAAGGAUUUUCAAACACCCACAAGCUCGACAAACCUCUCUGGAUUACGAUCUUGCUCUCGUUAAACUAAACCACAAAAUUAAACUAACAGCAUAUGUACGAACCAUUUGUCUGCCCAAACAGAAAGACCGUACGUUAGUAAGGCCAUUCAAGUACGGUGUCAUCACUGGAUGGGGAUCCACACAACGGACUGAUGACCAUGAUCACAGCUUUGCUGCCUAUCCGGUUCUCAAGCAAGCCAGACUACCCUUCGCGUCGAGUCACACGUGUCAAACGAAUUCUUCCAUUCCUAUAACACCAAGAAUGCGAUGUGCUGGAAAUCCUUCAGUCGGUAAAGACGCUUGUAAAGGAGACAGUGGUUCGCCACUUGUUAUCUACAGACCCGAACGUAACUGGGCAGUGAUCGGUUUGUCAAGCUGGGGAGAAGGUUGCGCACACAAUGGCAAAUACGGUGUGUACGCCGACAUGUUGAAUCGAGAGUACCUUGCUUGGAUUGCGAAGAAGGCAAGAGUUGUGCCAACAAUCUAGACCAUGCAAGACAGAGUCACCAAUGACGUUAACCUUAAAACCAGAACUUACGGCUCUCACUCAUGGAAUAGAGCCUGCUAGAACUAUGCUUUUUUCAUUCUUUUAUGCUAGAUGUUAAAAAACCCUGCAAAGAUGCAAUCUCUGUGGAUGAGAGUAGGGUAGACGAAAGGGAUCCUAAAAAUGACUACGCAUGCGUAGUGGUGUUCAAUUUUUGAUAUACGAACGCCAUUAUCUAGAUUGAUACAACGAAAUAUUUCGAUAGUUAAAUAAUCACUUUCACAGUUCCCUGUGCCAUCUUUAAAGGUAGCCGUGCCUUUGCAUCUAAGCGAGAGGAACGGUGAGCUUGCAACAAUAAAAACCUUUCGUCUUCCUUCGUUGCAAAGGCACGGCUACCUAUAAAGAUAGCGCCGGGAACUAUGAGGGGACUAUAGAGGCUUUGCACCAUCGCGUGAAGGCAUCCAUGUUAGAUGGCAGGAUCGAACAAUACAAUCGUUUUACAUGAGAAAGAAUUCAAUUCCCGAGAGCAAAGGGAUUUUAUUGUUCUGCCAUCCAGCCACAGGUAGUCCAAGCUGUAUUAUGGGCGCCAGCACAUGAUGGAGUAAAGCCUUUAUUUGUUAGCUUAUUCAUUCGUCGUUUUUUUGUAGCCACAAUAUUGUUGUGUAGUAUAAAUGAGAACAAGAAAACAAAACGGCGGAGCGUUUUUGAAAGUGGAGGGGCUCAAAUCGAAACCUAUGUAGGAAAAAUAAAGAUAGUCUCUUGCGGCACAGGCAACCCUCUGGAGAAAUCUAGCCUAGUUUCGGAAACAUAGAAUUGUAGAGCUUUGAUUCUUCACUCAAAAUACCCUAUUCCUCUGAAUAAGUGGGGGAGUCUCCAGCCCCCUCGACUCCGUCUUCACAUAAAAAAACUUUUAACUUUUAAUGAUAUCGAUUUAACUAAAAAAA